CGCCCGGGCCGCGGAGCGCCAUGUCGUCGGAGGAGCCCCGCGCCGAGCCGCCGCCCGAGGAGCCGCGCCCGGCGCCCAGCCCCGCCGCAGACAAAAGGCCGCGGGGCCGGCCGCGCAAAGAUGGCGCCGCGCCGGGCCCGCGCGCCCGCAGGAAGCCUCGAAGUAGAGGAAAAACUGCAGUGGAAGAUGAAGAUAGCACCGAUGGGCUGGAGCCAGCGGAGACGGAGAACAUUGUGGAAACAGAAAUCAAAGAGCAGUCUGCCGAGGAGGACGCCGACGCCGAGGUGGACGGCUGCAGGCGGUCAGCCCUGGGCCUGCCGCGCGCGGGGGCCGAGGAACCCGCCAGCUGCCUGGUGUCUGUCGGAGUGGAAGCCAAAAUCAGCGAGCAGCUCUGCGCCUUCUGCUACUGUGGCGAGAAGAGUUCCCUGGGACAAGGAGACCUGAGGCAGUUCCCGGUGACGCCCGGGUUCCAGCCGUCCCUGCGGAAGGACCUGGAGGACAGCGGCGGCGGAGCCGGCGAGAAGAUGCCCAGCCCCCCGCCCCGGCGGCCCCGUGGCCCCAGGAAAGAACCGUCUCCAGCGCAGCGCCUGGCGCCGUGCGUGAGUGUCAGCACGCAGACGCCCCCCGAGGACCAGGCCGGGAAGCUGUGGGACGAGCUCAGCCUGGUGGGCCUGCCCGAUGCCAUCGACGUCCGCGCCCUGUUUGACCCCACAGGCACCUGCUGGGCUCACCACCGAUGUGUGGAGUGGUCACUGGGCAUGUGCCAGGUGGAGGAGCCGCUCCUGGUGAACGUGGACAAGGCUGUCGUCUCAGGGAGCACAGAGCGCUGUGCGUUUUGCAAGCACCUUGGAGCCACCAUCCGCUGCUGUGAGGAGCGCUGCACCCAGAUGUACCAUUUCCCGUGUGCCGCCAGCGCCGGCACCUUCCAGGACUGCAGACACUUCUCCCUCCUCUGCCCCGACCACAUCGACCAGGCCCCGGAGAGAUCGAAGGAAGACGCCAACUGUGCCGUGUGUGACAGCCCCGGGGACCUCUUAGACCAGUUCUUCUGCACCACGUGUGGUCAGCACUACCACGGAAUGUGCCUGGACAUCACGGUCACCCCGCUGAAGCGCGCAGGCUGGCAGUGUCCCGAGUGCAAAGUUUGCCAGAACUGCAAACAAUCGGGAGAAGACAGCAAGAUGCUGGUGUGUGACACGUGUGACAAAGGCUACCACACCUUCUGCCUUCAGCCAGUCAUGAAGUCCGUGCCGACCAACGGCUGGAAAUGCAAAAAUUGCAGAGUCUGUGUCGUCUGUGGCACACGGUCCAGCCCCCAGUGGCACCACAACUGCCUGGUGUGUGACGGCUGUUACCAGCAGCAGGACGACCUGUGUCCUUUCUGUGGGAAGCGCCUCCACCCAGAGUCCCAGAAGGACACGCUGCACUGUAACGUGUGCCGGAGAUGGGUUCAUUUAGAAUGUGACAAACCAACAGAUCAUGAACUGGAUUCUCAGGUCAAAGAAGAAUACAUCUGCCUGUACUGUCGGCACCUAGCGGCUGAGAUGGGCCACUUCCAGCCCGGUGUCGGCCUGGACGUGACGGGAAUCCCCUCAGAUUAUAGCAAUGAAAUGGAAGUUGACGGCCCCGAGGACCAGGCGGUGUUCCUGAGGCAUGCGGUCACCGAGGACGCCGUCACUGGUCACAUGGCCGGGCAGGAGGCCGCGCCUGGAAUUGUUCCAGACGCAGUGCAGGUCCCCACGGGAGAGCAGCUCGGGAGAGAAGGACCGCUGACCCUCGGCUCCGCUGCUGAAUCAUCUCAAGAUGAAAUGAAUCCUGAAUUGGAAAAUCAGAUUUCUCACGAAGUGGCUCAUGAGAAAGUAGGAAUGUCACCUCCAGCGGAGCACGUGUGUCACGACGAUCAGAGUGAAAGCAAAAUGGAAGUCACAGAAAGUGUGGACGUCUUCGGGCACCAGCACGAGGAGCUGAACUUGUCCGAGGCCCCAAGGACGGUGGCGCCCGUCGAAGCACCACGACCCCCCGAAGCCGCCGCGGCAGACCCGCUGGAAGCCCCUGGGACCCCGUGUGGAGACAGGACUGCCGUGUGUGCCCAGGACCCGCCGGCGCCCACCGAAGCAGCACAGCAGGAAGGCACGGAUGCCUCCGCCGGAACGACUCCCCCUGCGGAGAGCACAGAAAAGGAUGGGCCUUGCCAGGAUGGACCGACCCAGCUGUCCUCAGAGGCCGAGCCGGUGCUGCCAGCCGCCGCAGACAUGGGCAAGGCCAGCGUGUCUUCCUCCCCGCCACUCCCGGCCGACUUGCCCGGCCCUGACACGCUGCAGAGUGACCCUCCCGCCCUCAGCGCCCCUGCCGGAAGCAUGCCAGCGGCCUAUGUCGCGGUCACCCCCAAAAUCGGCAUGGGCAAGCCCGCCAUCACCAAGCGGAAGUUCUCCCCGGGAAGGCCCCGGUCCAAGCAGGGGGCGUGGAGCGCCCAUAGUGCCCUGAGCCCGCCUUCCUGGCCCCCGGACACUUCAGAAGGCCGGGACAUUUUUAAACCCAGGCAGCUUCCUGGCGGUGCCAUUUGGAGCAUCAAAGUGGGCCGAGGGGCCGGAUUCCCAGGGCGCCGGAGACCACGAGGCGCCGGACUUGCAGGACGUGGCGGCCGAGGCCGGUCCAAGUUGAAAAGUGGCCUUGGGGCCGUGGUGCUGCCCGGGGUGUCGGCCGCAGACCUGGCGUCCAGCAAGGAGGAGGAAGAGAACUCCAUGCACAACACGGUCGUGCUCUUCUCCAGCAGUGACAGGUUCACGCUGCACCAGGACAUGUGCGUGGUGUGUGGCAGCUUCGGCCAGGGCGCCGAGGGGCGGCUGCUGGCCUGCUCGCAGUGCGGCCAGUGCUACCACCCCUACUGCGUCAGCAUCAAGAUCACCAAGGUGGUCCUGAGCAAGGGCUGGCGGUGCCUGGAGUGCACCGUCUGCGAGGCCUGCGGGAAGGCCACCGACCCCGGGCGCCUGCUGCUGUGUGACGACUGUGACAUCAGCUACCACACCUACUGCCUGGACCCGCCCCUGCAGACCGUCCCCAAGGGAGGCUGGAAGUGCAAAUGGUGUGUGUGGUGCCGGCACUGUGGCGCCACGUCCGCGGGCCUCCGGUGUGAGUGGCAGAACAACUACACGCAGUGCGCGCCCUGCGCCAGCCUGGCCUGCUGCCCCGCGUGCGGCCGCGACUACCGUGAGGAGGACCUCAUCCUGCAGUGCCGGCAGUGCGACAGAUGGAUGCACGCAGUCUGUCAGAACUUAAACUCUGAAGAGGAAGUGGAAAAUGCAGCUGACAUCGGCUUCGACUGCAGCAUGUGCCGGCCCUACAUGCCCGCGUCCAAUGUGCCUUCCUCGGACUGCUGUGAGUCUUCACUCGUGGCACAGAUCGUCACGAAAGUCAAAGAGCUGGACCCCCCCAAGACCUACACGCAGGACGGCGUGUGCCUGACGGAGUCCGGGAUGACGCAGCUGCAGAGCCUCGCACUGGCCGUGCCCCGCCGGAAGCGCUCCAAGCCCAAGCUGAAGCUGAAGAUCAUCAACCAGAACAGCGUGGCCGUCCUCCAGACCCCGCCCGACGCCCAGUCGGAGCACUCGCGGGACGGCGAGAUGGAUGACAGCCGAGAAGCAGAACUCAUGGACUGUGAUGGGAAAUCCGAGUCGAGCCCCGAGCGGGAAGUUGCCGAUGAUGAAACGAAAGGAGCGGAAGGAGCUGAGGGCGUUAAGAAGCGGAAAAGAAAACCCUACCGGCCAGGUAUCGGUGGGUUCAUGGUGCGCCAGAGAAGUCGGACCGGCCAGGGGAAGGCCAAGAGGGGCGUCGCCCGCAAGGACUCCUCCGGCUCCGUCUCUGAGCAGCUGCCCGGCAGGGAGGACGGCUGGAGUGAGCAGUUGCCAGACACUCUAGUUGAUGAAUCUGUUUCUAUCACUGAAAACACUGAAAAAAUAAAGAAGAGAUACCGGAAAAGGAAAAAUAAACUUGAAGAAACUUUCCCUGCCUACUUACAAGAAGCUUUCUUUGGAAAAGACCUUCUGGACACGAGCAGACAGAACAAGCUACCACUGGAUACUCUCUCCGAAGACGCAGCUCAGCUUCCGUACAAAACAAACCUGAACGCGAGUUUUUUGGACCCACCCUUAGACCCACUACUCAGCUCAUGUUCGACGCCAGCCAAACCCGGAACUCAAGGCACGGCCGAUGACCCGCUGGUGGACAUUUCUGAGGUCUUAAACACAGACGAGGACAUCCUUGGCAUCAUCUCGGACGACCUUGCAAAAUCCGUGGACCCUUCAGCCGGCCUGGACGUCGGUCCUGGCGCUGAUGCCCCUUCCUCUCUGCCUCAGCCAAGCGCCAACCCGAGCUCUCGACCUCUGAGUGCCGAGCAGCUGGACGGGCUCCUGAGUCCCGAGCUGGACAAGAUGGUCGCCGACGGGGCGAUCCUCGGGAAGCUCUACAAGAUCCCAGAGCUCGGCGGGAAGGACGUGGAGGACUUGUUCACGGCCGUCUUCAGCCCCGCCACAGCGCCACCGCCACCCCCGCCCCCGGCCCCGCAGAUGCUGCCCGCCCACGGCCAGGAUGUCUUCUCGCGGAUGCCGCUCAUGAAUGGCCUCAUCGGACCCGCGCCGCACCUCCCACACACUGCCCUGCCUCCUGGGAACGGCCUGGGAACCUUCGCUCCGUACACGGACGCCCGGGACAAAAAUCCAGCCUUUAAUCCCAUGGCAAAUGAUCCUCACAGCUCGUGGGCAGCGUCCACCCCCGCCGUGGACGGCGACAGUGACACCAUGUCCAAUGCGCAGAGAAGUAGCCUGAAGUGGGAGAAGGAGGAGGCCCUGGGCGAGAUGGCCACGGUGGCCCCCGUGCUGUACACCAACAUCAACUUCCCCAGCCUCAAGGAGGAGUUUCCUGACUGGACCACCAGAGUGAAGCAGAUCGCGAAGCUGUGGAGAAAAGCCAGCUCCCAGGAGAGAGCGCCCUACGUGCAAAAAGCGCGCGACAACAGAGCCGCCUUGCGCAUCAAUAAAGUGCAGAUGUCCAACGAGUCGGCCAAGAGGCAGCAGCAGGACGGCCUGGAGCCCGGCGCCCGCUGCGACGCCGACGUCUUCAAGGACCCGCUCAAGCAGCGCGAGUCGGAGCACGAGCAGGAGUGGAAGUUCCGCCAGCAAAUGCGGCAGAAGAGCAAGCAGCAGGCCAAGAUCGAGGCCACGCAGAAGCUGGAGCAGGUCAAGAACGAACAGCAGCAGCAGCAGCAGCAGCUGCUCCACCCGGGGCCCCUCCCCGCGCCCCCCGGCCCGGACGCGCCCGGCAGCGGCCUCCGCAGCCCCCUGACCCCGCAGACCCCCGGCACCCCCACCUCCGCGCCCGAUGACGUCUUCCUCAAGCCGCAGGCCCCCCGGCCGCCCCCGGCCCCUGAGAGCCUGGCGCCGCCCGCGCAGGCCGCCCCGGCCGCGGCCCCGCCCGGGUUUCCCGCCGGCCGGCCCCCCCGGCCCCUCUCCCCCGGGGACCCGUACGCCAAGAUGGUGGGCACCCCCCGGCCGCCCCCCGCGGGGCCCGGCUUCCCCCGGAGGACUCCCACGGCGCUCGGGGAGGGCUGCGGCCCGCUGCCCCCCGGCCCCCGGCCCUGCGCCGGCUCCCCGGCCAGCGCCGACCCCUACGCCAAGCCUCCGGACACGCCGAGACCCCAGAUGCCCGACCCCUUCCCCAAGCCCCUGGGCCUCCCCCGGUCCCCCGCCCUGUCGGAACCGGCGUCCGCGGGGCCCCCAGCAGCGGGCGCCGGCGACCCGUUCGCAAAACCCGCCCUGAGGGCUGACGUGUUCCAGAGACCGAGGGUCCCGGACCCGUACGCGCGGCCCCUGCUGACCCCGGGCCCCCUGGACGGCGGGCCCUUUAAGACCCCCAUGCAGCCCCCGCCCUCCCCACAGGACCCCUACGGGCCUGUGUCCCAGGCCCCCAGGCGCCUGCCCCUCGACCCUUACGACCGGCCCCCCCUGACGCCCCGGCCUGUGGACAGCUUCGCUCACGCCCAGGCCGGUGACCCGUACGGCCAGCCCCCCGUGCCCCCGCACCCGGCCAUGCCGGACCCCCUAGCUCACCCCCCGAGGCCCUUUGCCCAGCUCGGAGCCAUGGCCCGGCCAGCAUCUCAGGACCCCUAUGCCCAGCCGCCAGGGACGCCCAGGCCGGUGGCCGAGUCGUACUCGCAGCCCUCAGGAACUCCUCGCCCGCCCCUGGACCCUUACUCGCAGCCUCCCGGGACCCCCCGGCCCCCCGCCAUCGACCCCUACAGCCAGCAGCCGCCCACGCCAAGGCCGCCGGCGCCGGCGGGUCUGUUUGCCGCGUCUGCCGCCAGCGCGAGGCCCCCGGACCCCUACGCUCAGCCCCCGGGCACGCCGCGGCCCGGCCCUCCCCUGUCCUACGCACAGCCGACAGCAGUGCCGCGGCCACCCCGGGCCCCCGAGGGCUUUGCUCGGCCUGCGAUGGCGCGGCCGGGCCUUGGGCCCAGCCAGGACCCCUUUCUCCAGCACCGGGGCCCCACACGGCCCCCCGAGGUCUUCCCGCCGCCCCCGCGGGCUCCUGGCCCUGGCCUGGCCGACGCCUUUCCCCACGGCUCCCCGUCGGCGGCCCGUGACCCCUACGAGCAGCCGCCCAUGACGCCGCGACCUCAGCCAGACGCCUUCGGAGCAGCCCAGGUGCCUCACGACGCCUCCGACCAGCCGAGACCCGGGUCCGAGGGGAGCUUCGGGGCACCUUCCGGCUCGCCCAUGAACCCCCCAGGCCAGCCGUUCCCCAGCGGGCCCCACCUUCCCGGCCCUGCGCCCCCUUCCGCGGCCCCGGACGCCCAGAGCACCGUGGACACGGAGAAGAUGAGACAGCGGCAGAAGCUGCGUGAGAUCAUUCUCCAGCAGCAGCAGCAGAAGAAGCUGGCCAGCCGGCAGGAGAAGGCUCCGAACGCUCCCGCGCCGGCCCCCGCCCCCCUGCAGCACUGGCAGCCCGACGGCAUCGGCCAGAACUUCAGCCGGCCGCCGCCCCCCUACCCCGGGAGCCUCCGGCCCCCCGCUGGCCCCCCGCUCGGGCCCAGAUACGCCGUCUUCCCCAAAGAGGCACGGGGCCCCUACCCGCCCGACAUGGCCGGGAUGGGCAUGAGGCCGCACGGAUUCAGAUUUGGAUUUCCCGGCGGCGGUCACGGCGCCCUGUCAGGCCAGGAAGGGCUCCUGGCGCCCCCCCAGCCAGUGCCAGCCUCCGGCGUGCCGCCCCAGCUGCGGAGGUCCGUGUCGGUGGACAUGCCCCGGCCUCUGAGCGGCGCCCAGCUGGGCAGCCCGGCCGGCCUGGGGCCCCCCUUCCCCCCGCAGGGGCCGCCCCUGCCGCAGCACCACAUCCUGGGCCAGGCCUUCAUCGAGCUGCGGCACCGCGCCCCCGAGGGCCGGCCCCGGCUGCCGGCAGCCACCGCACCCCCCGCGGCCCUGGAGGCGCCUCCACAGCCGAGACACGGGGGUUUCCUGCCCCGGACGGACUUUGCGGCCCCCAGACAGGCCGACCCCGUGCGACGCGCAUCCCAGGGGCUGCCCGGCCGCCCCCCCGCCCAGCCCGGGCUCGAGCCGCUGCCCCCGCCCCAGCAGCCACCCGGCACCCCGACCCCCGCCGGCUCCAUGGCCCCACGGCCGCUGAACCACCCCUUGGGGCCCGACUUCGCUGAGGCCGCGCUGUCCACCCCGCCGCCCGCCGAGCAGCCGGCCGGGACCUUGGAGAUGGCGCCCCCGCCGGCGGGCGACCUGGAGAAGCUCGACGCCGACGACCCGUCCGUGAAGGAGCUGGACGUGAAGGACCUCGAGGGCGUGGAGGUCAAAGACCUGGACGACGAGGACCUCGAGAACCUGAACCUCGACCCCGAGGACGGCAAAGGGGACGAGCUGGACCCGCUGGGGAACCUGGAGGCCAACGACCCCCACCUGGACGACCUCCUGCGCUCCGGCGAGUUCGACAUCAUCGCCUACACGGACCCUGAGCUGGACCUGGGCGACAAGAAGGGCAUGUUCAGCGCGGAGCUCGACCUCGGCGUCCCCCUCGACGACAAGCUGGAGAACCCGUGUGCGUCCGCGGAGCCCCCCAAAAAGGAGCCGGAGGACAAGGCCGCGCUGCCCGCCGGCCCGCGCUCCCCCUGGAGGAAGCCCGCGGCCGCUGGCGAUAUCAAGACGGAAGCGCCGUCCCCGGCGCCCAAGGCGGAGGGCAAGGGCGACACCCAGCCGAGCGAGGAGGGCCAGGGCGGCGCCAGCACACCCUGCGCCCGGGACUCGGCGCACACCGACGCCACCGAGGGCGAGAAGGCGCCCUCGCCGCCCCGUGACCCGGAGCAGCCUGAGAGCAGGACUGACGGCAGAACUGAUGGCGAGGCGCCGGGUGCCGGCAGCACGGGGCCCGGGGACAGCCCUCCAGCCCCCGACGGCGCGCUCGGCCCCCGCGGCCUCCCGGGCGCCACCCCGGUGCUGUCCAGCCUACUCGCCGCUGGGGAGAAGCCAGACCCGGCCGACGGCAGGCCCCCGUGCUCCCCACCGGCCUCCGUGCCCGCCUCCCCCGCCGGCCCCGCGCCACCGCCCCUGCCGGCCCCCCUCGGGCCGCCCCCGGGCCUGGCUCUGGACAGUGCCGGGAGCUGCGCGGUGAGCGGGGCCCCGCGGCUCAAGCACGCCUUCCCACCCGCCGUGCCCGCCGCCCCCGGCUGCGUGCCGGGCCCCACACCUGCCGCCCACGGGUUCGGGACGGGCAAGCCCCCGGGCCCGACGGUGCCCCUGGCCGGCCAGCCCGGCCCCCCGCCGCUGAUGGUGCCGCAGAGCCGGGAGCGGCCGCUGCUGCUGGAGGAGCAGCCACUGCUUCUGCAGGACCUGCUGGACCAGGAGCGGCAGGAGCAGCAGCAGCAGCGGCAGAUGCAGGCCAUGAUCCGGCAGCAGCGCGCCGAGCCCUUCUUCCCCAACAUAGACUUCGAUGCGAUCACAGACCCAAUCAUGAAGGCCAAGAUGGUGGCCCUGAAGGGCAUCAACAAAGUCAUGGCCCAGAGCAACAUGGGCAUGUCGGCCAUGGCGAUGAGCAGGUUCCCCUUCAUGGGCCAGACAGUCCCCGGGGCCCAGAGCAGCGACGGCCAGACCCUCCUGCCACAAGCCAUCGCUCAGGAUGGCAGUAUAACACAUCAGAUUUCUAGGCCUAAUCCUCCAAAUUUUGGUCCAGGCUUUGUCAAUGACGCCCAGCGCCAGCAGUACGAGGAGUGGCUUCGGGAGACGCAGCAGCUGCUGCAGAUGCAGCAGAAGUACCUGGAGGAGCAGAUCGGCGCCCACCGCAAGUCCAAGAAGGCGCUGUCGGCCAAGCAGCGCACGGCCAAGAAGGCGGGCCGCGAGUUCCCCGAGGAGGACGCCGAGCAGCUCAAGCACGUCACGGAGCAGCAGAGCAUGGUCCAGAAGCAGCUGGAGCAGAUCCGCAAGCAGCAGAAGGAGCACGCGGAGCUGAUGGAGGACUACCGGCUGAGGCAGCAGCAGCAGCAGCACUGCGGCCCCGCCCGCGGCCAGCCCGGCCUGCCCCUGGGCCCGCACCCCCCGCCCGGCCUGCCCGGCUGGCCGCCCGCCCCCGGCCCGGGCCACCUGCCCCUGGCGCCCCCGAGCGGGCCGCCGCCCCGCGUGGAGUUCGACGACAACAACCCGUUCAGCGAGAGCUUCCAGGAGCGCGAGCGCAAGGAGCGGCUGCGGGAGCAGCAGGAGCGGCAGCGGGCGCAGCUGAUGCAGGAGGUGGAGCGGCAGCGGGCGAGGCAGCGGCUGGAGCUGGGCCCGCCCGCGCCCCCCGGCCCCUUCUGCGACUUCCUGCCGCCCCCGCGGGCCCUGCCCCCGUCCCCCCAGCACCCGCCACCGCCCGGCCUGCAGGGGCCCCUGGGCUCGCCCCCGGCCCCCGCCUUCGAGCGCCGGCCCGUGGGCCCCCCGGCCUUCGCCCCGGACGCGCCGGCCGUGCCCGGCGGGGCCCCCCCCUUCCACCCCGGGCGGCCGGCCCACGGCUACCCGCCGUGCCCCCCGAGGGCCCCGCUGCCCACCGGCCUGCCCGUCGCCACCGCCGCCGCCGCCGCCACCGUCACCGGCGUCCCGUGCGGCCAGGACCCCGCGGCCGGCCCCGGCCACGGCUACCCGGGCUCGGCGCAGGCCCUCAUCCAGCUGUACGCGGACAUCAUCCCCGAGGAGAAGGGCAAGAAGAAAAGGACGCGCAAGAAGAGGAAGGACGAGGACGGGGAGCCCGCCAGGGGCCCGUCCACGCCGCACUCGGACACCACGGCACCGCCCACCCCGGGCCCCUCGGAGGCCGCCUCCACCCCCACCCUGAGCACGCCGGGCGAGCCGCCUCCCCCACCCGGGGACGCCGAGGCCGGGGACGCCGACACGGACAGCAAGCCGGCCAGCGCCGACCUCCUGCCCGGCCCGCCCGACCAGCGGCCGCCGCCCGGCCCCCCCGAGGCAGGGGCCCUGGCUGGGGAGGUGCCCGCCACCGCCGCCAGCGCCGAGGACGGAGUGAAAGCGGAGAGUGCCGAGUGCGAGCGGAGCCCCAGCGGGCCCAGGCCCGAAGGACCGGGGGACGGAGCCGCGGGCGAGCCCGCCCCCUCGGGGCCCAGCCCCGCCCCCACGGCCGGCAACGAGCUCCUGAAGCACCUGCUGAAGAACAAGAAGGCGGCGGCGCUGAGCGGACGGAGGCCCGACGGCCCCCCGGAGCACAGGCCCGCUGACCUGCAGCGCCCCGCCGAAAGCCUGCCGACUCUGGGGGCGCCGCUGCGAGCGGGGUUCGGAUGCGGCAGCGGCCCGUUGCCCAAAGCAGAUGGCGGAUGCGAAAGCAGGAGACAGCGCAGCAAACGCACCCCGAGGACCGGGGAGAAGGCAGCGCCCCGCUCCAAGAGACGGAAAAAGGAGGAGGAGGAGAAGCAGGCCGUGUACCCCGGCACCGGCGGCUUCGCCCACUUGAAACAGCAGCUCUCUCUGCUCCCGCUAAUGGAGCCCGUGAUCGGCGUGAACUUGGCGCACUUUCUCCCCUAUGGCAGUGGCCAGUUCCCCCGCGGCACUCGGCUCCUCGGGGCUUUCGGCAGCGGCACCCUUGACGGGGUCUCCGAUUACUAUGCUCAGUUGGUCCACAAGCAGAAUAAUCUAAGUAAUCCUCCAACACCCCCUGCCUCUCUUCCUCCUACACCACCACCUCCUCUGGCUUGUCAGAAGAUGGCAAAUGGUUUUGCGACGACUGAAGAGCUCGCGGGGAAAGCCGGUGUGCUCGCCAGCCACGAAGUUGCCAAAAGCCUCGGCCCGAAGCCCUUCCCGCUGCCGUUCAGGCCCCACGAGGACCCGCUGGCCAGAGCCAUUGCGCAGGGCCCGAAGGCGGUCGACGUCCCGGCCUCGCUUCCGACCCCGCCCCACAACAACCAGGAGGAGCUAAGGCUGCACGAUCACGGCAGCGAGCGGGACAGCCCCGACAGCUUCGUCCCCUCCUCGUCCCCCGAGAGCGUCGUGGGCGCGGAGCUGAGCAGGUUCCCCGACCUGUCCCUGGUGAAGCAGGAGCCGGUGGAGCCGGUGCCGUCGCCCAUCAUCCCUCUGCUCCCCAGCAGCGCCGGCAGAGACGCCAGGAGGGACGGCAUCAAGGCCGAGCCGGGCACGUUCUUUUUCACGCCACCGUUCGGUGCGUCCCCCAACGGCCCCAGGUCGGGCCUGAUUUCUGUAGCGAUCACCCUGCAUCCUACAGCUGCUGAGAACAUUAGCAGUGUUGUGGCUGCAUUUUCCGACCUUCUCCACGUCCGCGUCCCUCACAGUUACGAGGUUAGUAGUGCUCCAGAUGUUCCAUCCGUGGGUUUGGUCAGUGGCCACAGAGUAAACCCAGGUAUGGAGUAUCGACAGCAUUUAUUUCUUCGUGGGCCUCCACCAGGACCGGCACACCCUCCCCGGUUAGCGAGCGCUUACCGGCUGAAGCCGCCUAGUGGCUCGCUGCCUCCAGCCAGCAACGGGCUUCCCGCCUGCAAGGACCCAGUGCCCGGUGCCCUGGACAGUGCGGGCCCCCGGCCCCAGUGGUGCUGCCAUUGCAGAGUGGUGAUCCUCGGGAGCGGGGUGCGCAAGUCCCCCCGGGACCUGACCUUCCUGAGCAAGGAGGCUCGGGAAGGCGCCAGCCGGGUAGAGAAGGACGUGGUCUUUUGCAGCAACAACUGCUUUCUCCUCUAUUCCUCAACUGCACAAGCACAGAACUCGGAGAGCAAGGCCGGCAGCCCGCUGCUCCCGCCAUCGCCGCUGCGGGAGGCCCCGGCCCGGUCCUGCCACCGCUACAGCGCCCACGUCUCGGCCCUGGACGUGCACUGUCUCCCGCGGCUCCCGGCCAGCGCCUCGCCGCCCGCCUCGCCGCCCCUCGCCUUCCCGCCGGCCUUCCAGGCGGCCCGCGUGGAGGCCAAGCCCGACGAGCUGAAGGUGACGGUGAAGCUGAAGCCGCGCCUGCGGGCCGUGCCGGGCCUGGACGACUGCCGGCCGCUGAGCAAGCGCUGGCGCGGCCUGAAGUGGCGCAAGUGGAGCCUGCACAUCGUCAUCCCCAAGGGCUCGUUCACGCCGCCCGGCGAGGAGGAGAUCGACGCCUUCCUGCAGCGGCUGGGCGCCUCGCUCAAGCCCGACCCCGCGCCCCGCGACCACCGCAAGUGCUGCUUCUGCCACGAGGAGGGCGACGGGCUGACGGACGGGCCCGCGCGGCUGCUCAACCUGGACCUGGACCUGUGGGUGCACCUCAACUGCGCGCUCUGGUCCACGGAGGUGUACGAGACGCAGGCGGGCGCCCUCAUGAACGUGGAGCUGGCGCUGCGGCGCGGCCUCCAGAUGCGCUGCGUCUGCUGCCACCGCACGGGCGCCACCAGCGGCUGCCACCGCUUCCGCUGCGCCAACGUCUACCACUUCACCUGCGCGCUCAAGGCCCAGUGCAUGUUCUUCAAGGACAAGACGAUGCUGUGCCCGGCGCACCGGCCCAAGGGCGUGCACGAGCAGGAGCUGAGCCACUUCGCCGUCUUCCGGCGCGUGUACGUGCAGCGCGACGAGGUCCGCCAGGUGGCCAGCGUGGUGCAGCGCGGGGAGCGCGAGCACACCUUCCGCGUGGGCAGCCUCAUCUUCCACGCCAUCGGGCAGCUGCUGCCGCAGCACAUGCCGGCCUUCCACUCGCCCAAGGCGCUCUUCCCCGUGGGCUACGAGGCCAGCCGCCUGUACUGGAGCACGCGCCACGCGCACCGCCGCUGCCGCUACCUCUGCUCCAUCGAGGAGAAGGACGGCCGGCCCGUCUUCGUCAUCCGCGUGCUGGAGCAGGGCCACGAGGACCUCGUGCUCAGCGACAGCUCGCCCAAAGGCGUCUGGGACAAGAUUCUGGAGCCCGUGGCGUCUGUGCGGAAGCACUCGGAGAUGCUGCAGCUGUUUCCCGCCUACCUCAAAGGGGAGGACCUCUUCGGCCUGACCGUGUCCGCGGUGGCCCGGAUCGCGGAGUCGCUGCCGGGCGUGGAGGCGUGUGAGAACUACACCUUCCGCUAUGGCCGGAACCCGCUCAUGGAGCUGCCACUCGCCGUGAACCCCACGGGCUGCGCCCGCUCGGAGCCCAAGAUGAGCGCCCACGUCAAGAGGUUCGUGUUAAGGCCGCACACGCUCAACAGCACCAGCACCUCCAAGUCCUUCCAGAGCACCGUCACCGGGGAGCUGAGCGCGCCCUACAGCAAGCAGUUCGUGCACUCCAAGUCGUCGCAGUAUCGCAGGAUGAAGAGCGAGUGGAAGUCCAACGUGUACCUGGCCCGCUCGCGCAUCCAGGGACUGGGCCUCUAUGCGGCCCGGGACAUCGAGAAGCACACGAUGGUCAUCGAGUACAUCGGGACCAUCAUCCGCAACGAGGUGGCCAACCGGAAGGAGAAGCUCUAUGAGUCUCAGAACCGGGGCGUGUACAUGUUUCGCAUGGAUAACGACCACGUGAUCGACGCCACCCUCACCGGGGGGCCUGCCAGGUACAUCAACCACUCGUGUGCGCCCAACUGCGUGGCGGAGGUGGUGACCUUCGAGAGAGGCCACAAGAUCAUCAUCAGCUCCAACCGCAGGAUCCAGAAAGGAGAGGAGCUCUGCUACGACUACAAGUUCGACUUCGAGGACGACCAGCACAAGAUCCCGUGCCACUGUGGCGCCGUGAACUGCCGCAAGUGGAUGAACUGAGCCCGGCCCCAGG